AUGGCCCCGAAACUUAGCAACAUAGACCACACCGAAGAGGAACAAGACGAUUAUUGGGUUGUGGUUCAGGAAGGAAUGUACUCCGAAAAGAGGAGGCCGCAACUCAAGGAAUGCAACAUCUCGCCAGCUCAGAAGCCUGCUAGCAUCAUUGGUGAUGAUGCCCUUUCUGACUUGGCUUGCAAGCCGUCGCACACCAAUUGCUGUCCCCACGCCUUGGGCGUUGGGUUACACGGCGUCAACACCUCAGAUAAAAACCCCACUAUCAAUCCAAAGAUGGAGUCCGCCGAUUCGACGGCGACCGAUCUGACAUUCGGCGCUCCUGAAGACGUCAGCAGCGACCCGCAACCUCACACACCCGACGAAGACAGCCCACCUCAACCCCUCACCCAGGCCAAUCUCGGUCCAGACAACACUCCCAGACUGAUCCAUGACAUUCAAGCAUGGAUCAAUGGCGAUCUCGGCUGGUUGCGUAUUGCGGUGGGCUGCGAUCAAAUUAGUAUCCUACCAUUUGAGAAGAGCACCACUUGCCGCAGCAGCGACGGCAGCCUCGACUUCGUCUUCAUUCCGGCGCAAUCUUCGAGCUUUGGGCGUGAUGCACAGGCGAUAGGGACUGUGUUUGAGCACCUGCCCUACGUCACCACCUACAGCUCCCAAAUGGAGCUUGACGAAGCUUGA